CAGAAGAUUUGGAAAUCGGAGGAUUAAAAGAGGCCUUAAAUAAAACCACGAAAGAUUUUAAAGGUUCAUUUGGAUUAGUAGGUACCUUUGGACAAUCAAUUGCCGCAGGUUCAAUAAAAGUUAGGAAGAGUGAG